AUGGGCGGCCAAACCGACACACAAAAGAAGCCCCAGAGCUCCUAUCCAGCGCAGGCGCCGAGGCCCGUUGGUCAGUGGAUCUCCAACAUCUACAAGGAGCGACUCCGUCAAUUCACCUCCGGAGGACAGUAUGAGAAACAGAAUCUGAGUGCGAUGAUGUUCGAGGGCGUCGCCAAGGGCGACCCACAUGUCAAGCUCUCUGUCUGGGAUGCGCCAGACCUGUCCAGACCGACUUUCAAAGAAGCCGUUUCCAACGAGUUCAAGCACACCCAAGUUGGUUCCUGGUUCGGCCCAUCAUGGUCGACCCAUUGGUUCAAGGUCAUCCUAGCAGUCCCCUCAGAGCUACGCGGGAAGGAAAUCAUCGAGCUCCACUGGGACGCCAGUAAUGAGGGUAUGGUUUGGUCGGAAGCCGGCAAUCCCUUGCAGGGCCUCACUGGUGGCGGGGAGCGCAUCGAAUGGAUCCUCCCCGAUUCGUUCCGGGAUGGCAAGGAGCACACCAUAUACAUCGAGAUGGCCUGUAACGGCAUGUUUGGUAAUGCUCCCGGCGGAGACUCGAUCCAGCCCCCGGAUCCCAACAAGUAUUUCCAGCUCAGGAAAGCCGAGAUCGUGGCAGUCAACCCCGAUGCCCGACAGCUCUCCAUAGAUUUCUGGAUCAUUGGCGAUGCCGCGAGAGAAUUCCCUCGAGACUCAUGGGAGCAGCACAAGGCCCUGAAAGUUGCGACUGACAUCAUCGAUGCCUUCGAGCUCGGAAACAAACAGUCACUCAAGAGAUGCCGCGAGAUUGCCCAGGAAUAUCUUGGGCCGAAUGUCGACUCGGCUAAGGUGUACGAUAGCGGCAGGGAGCCGCUAGUCUACGGCAUUGGCCACUGCCACAUCGACAGCUGCUGGCUAUGGCCGUGGGCGGAGACCAAGCGGAAGGUUGCCAGAUCUUGGUCUAACCAGUGCGACCUCAUGGAUCGCUAUCCCGAGCUCAACUUUGCGUGCUCGCAGGCCCAACAGUACAAGUGGCUGAAGCAGGACUACCCCUACGUUUUCGACCGAGUCAAGGAGAAGGUCAAGCAGGGCCGGUUCAACCCCAUCGGGGGCAGCUGGGUUGAGCACGACACCAACAUGCCCAGCGGCGAGUCGCUUAUCCGCCAGUUCUUGUAUGGCCAGCGCUUCUUCGAGAGCAAUUUCGGUGACCGCUGCCAAACAUUCUGGCUUCCGGAUACGUUUGGAUACUCCAGCCAGAUCCCACAGAUCUGCCGCCUGGCUGGCAUGGACCGAUUCCUUACUCAGAAACUCAGCUGGAACAACAUUAACAAGUUCCCGCACACCACCUUCAACUGGGUCGCCCUGGACGGUAGCCAGGUGAUAUGUCAUAUGCCACCCGCCGAAACCUACACGGCCGAGGCUCACUUUGGCGAUGUCAAGCGAAGCCUCCAACAGCACAAGUCCCUGGACCAGGACUCGACAUCGUUGCUAGUCUUCGGCAAGGGUGACGGCGGCGGCGGUCCCACCUGGCAACAUGUUGAGAAGCUCCGCCGGUGCCGCGGUAUCAGUGACCAAGUCGGUCUGUUGCCGAGGGUGCAUCUGGGUAACUCGGUCGACGAUUUCUUCGACAAACUCGAGCGCAAGGCGGAUUCUUUCGUGACUUGGUACGGCGAGCUGUACUUUGAGCUUCAUCGAGGCACAUACACCACCCAGGCCAACAACAAGCGGUUCAAUCGGCAGGCGGAGUUCCUCCUGCGUGACCUCGAGCUCCUGGCAACCAUUGCAAGUCUCAAGAGUGCGUCCUACAAAUAUCCCAAGAAGGAGAUCGACGACAUGUGGGAGGCCACACUCCUGUGCCAGUUCCAUGAUUGCCUCCCUGGUAGCUCCAUCGAGAUGUGCUACGACGACUCGGAUGAACUCUACGCCGAAGUCUUCAAAACCGGGGAGUCCCUCUUGAAGGACAUCUACAAAGUAUUUGGCCUUAGUGAGUGCAAGGUGACCCCAGAAUCCGUGGGAAUAGCCAUCAACACUCUCCACUGGGACCGGAAGGAGCUUGUCGAUAUUUCGGAAACCGAGGUUGCAGUCGCCUACGGUUCCGGCCCGCUACUUGCGCUGCGCGAGUUCAAGUCCACCGAGGGCCCCGAAGCCACGGUGAAAGAGACCUCCAAGGGCGUUUUCGUCUUGGAGAACAAGCAACUUGUUGUCGAGGUCAAAGGCGGCUGCAUCGUGUCCCUGUACGACAAGGCAGCCAAGAGGGAGGUCAUUCCGAAGGGGGAGACGGCCAACCAGUUCGUCAUCUUCGACGACAAGCCCCUUUACUGGCAGGCAUGGGACGUCGAGGUGUACCAUCUCGACUCUCGCAAGGAGCUACCAUGCGGGCAGACGGAGAUCUCCGAAGACAAGGACCACCGCGUGAGCGUUGUCACGGAGAUCAAGAUCAGCGACAAGAGCUCGAUCAAGAGCACCAUCAGCCUGUCAGCCGCCAUCAAGGGCGAGCCGUCGUAUGUGGAAGUCUCGAGCGAGGUCGACUGGCACGAGACCAUGAAGUUCCUCAAGGUCGAGUUCCCCGUCGACAUCAGGAACACCGAGGCCGCCUACGAGACGCAGUUUGGCAUCGUUAAGCGGCCCACCCACUACAACACGACGUGGGACAUGGCCAAGUUUGAGGUGUGCUGCCACAAGUUCGCCGACCUCUCGGAGAACGGCUACGGGGUGUCGAUCCUCAACGACAGCAAGUACGGCUUCGCCACGACGGGCAACUUGAUGCGCCUGUCGCUCCUCCGCGCGCCCAAGGCCCCCGACGGCCACGCCGACAUGGGCAAGCAUCACAUCCGCUGGGCCGUGUUCCCGCACCAGGGCGGCCUCGGCCCGGCCACCGUGCGCAAGGCCUUUGAGUUCAACAACCCGCUGCGGGUGCUCUCCGCGCCGCAGGGCUCCGACACGGCCGGCGCGGCGCAGCUGUCGCUGUCGCCCGUCGUGCUCGAGGGGAACCCGUCGCUCGUCAUCGACACGGUCAAGCGCGGCGAGGACGACGACGACGUCAGCCGCGGCGAGCUGCCCGGCAGGCGCGGGGGCCGCAGCGUCAUCCUGCGCGUGUACGACAGCCUCGGCGGCAGGGCGAGGGGGACCGUCCGGACGGCGUGGGAGGUCAAGAGGGUGGCCAAGGUGAAUGCGCUCGAGGACGAGCUCGGGGACGUCGUUAUUGAGGACGGGAAGUUUGACAUUGAGCUGCGGCCGUUUGAGGUCGCGACGUAUAAGUUGGUGCUAUGA